AUGUCUGCAGAUAACAACAACAAUAACAAUGAAAAGAAGAGAGCUACUAAGCUAUGCGAAGUAUGUCUUGAUAAAAGACCUGUACUAAAGAGACCAAAGACUUCACAGAUGAUAUGCAAGGACUGUUUCUAUCAGGUGUUUGAAGAUGAGAUACAUCAAACAAUCGUUUCGAACAAUCUAUUUCAAAAGGGAGACAGGGUUGCCAUCGGUGCAUCAGGUGGAAAGGACUCUACAGUGCUGGCAGAGAUCAUGACAUUGCUCAACAAAAGACAUGACUAUGGACUAGACCUAUUCCUUUUGUCAAUCGACGAGGGAAUCACAGGAUACAGGGACGACUCAUUGGAGACUGUCAAAAGGAAUCAACAACAAUACCAGAUACCCCUCAAGAUUCUUUCAUACAAGGAGUUGUACGAUUGGACCAUGGAUGAUAUAGUAAAGGAGAUUGGACUGAAGAACAAUUGUACAUUCUGUGGAGUCUUCCGUCGCCAGGCACUGGACAGGGGCGCUGUCCUACUUGGGGCAAACAAGAUUGUCACUGGACAUAAUGCCGAUGACAUUGCAGAGACCAUCCUGAUGAAUCUGCUUAGAGGAGAUGUACCUAGACUUCAGAGAUGUGUAAACAUUGUCACAGGUAGUGAGGGUGCUUUACCGCGAUCCAAACCAUUCAAGUAUACUUAUCAGAAGGAGAUAGUGAUGUACGCCUACUUUAAGAAGUUGGACUACUUCACAACAGAAUGUAUAUAUGCACCAAAUGCCUAUCGUGGACAUGCCAGGGACUUUCUGAAGGACCUGGAGGCUAUCCGUCCAUCUGUGAUCAUCGACAUUAUCCACUCUGCAGAGAACUUUGCCUUUCGUGAUGAGACCAAGAUGCCAGUCCAGAGGAAUUGUAAUCGAUGUGGAUACAUAUGCUCAAACGAUAUAUGCAUGGCGUGUGAUCUACUGAGGAACCUCAAUGCUGGCAUGGCAAAGGUAGCAUUGACAAGUAACUCUUUGCUUAAAUUCAACAACAACAACAAUAACAAUAACAACAACAACAACAAUAAUAACAACAACAACAAUAAUAACAACAACAAUAACAACAAGGACAACAACCAAAUUGGUAGCUAA